AUGGGUUUGGAGUAUAAGAAGAUACACGCGUGCCCUAAUGAUUGCAUAUUGUAUACAAAUGAUUUUGCUACACUGAAAGUGUGUCCCACAUGUGGAUUGUCGCGGUUCAAAAAGAAAACUGAUGGAAGUAAUGGUGAGGAAGAAAUAGAGGGUCCCCCUGCUAAGGUCUUAUGGUAUUUGCCAAUAAUACCUAGGUUUAAAAGAUUGUUUGCCAUUAAAGAAGAUGCAAAAAACCUCACAUGGCAUGAAAAUGGUAGAAAAUGUGACAACUUUCUUCGACAUCCAGCUGAUUCUCCGCAAUGGAAGAGGAUUGAUGAAACAUUUCCAGAAUUUGGUGCAGAGUCAAGAAACUUGAGAAUUGGUUUAGCUACAGAUGGCAUGAAUCCUUAUGGGAACUUAAGUAGUAAACACAGUUCAUGGCCAGUUUUGUUGGUCAUUUAUAAUUUGCCUCCUUGGCUAUGCAUGAAGAGAAAAUAUAUUAUGUUGUCUAUGAUGAUAUCAGGUCCCCGACAACCAGGAAAUGACAUAGAUGUGUAUCUUAGUCCAUUGAUUGAUGACUUGAAAAUGUUAUGGGACACAGGAGUGGAGGUGUUUGAUGCAUAUCGUGAAGAAAAAUUUACCAUGCGUGCAAUGUUAUUUUGCACAAUAAAUGAUUUUCCAGCAUAUGGUAACCUGAGUGGGUAUAGUGUGAAGGGUCAUUAUGCAUGUCCUAUAUGUGAAGAAAACACAAGUUAUACCCAAUUGAAACAUGGGCAAAAGACUGCGUACACUAGGCAUCGUAAGUUUCUUGUUCGUAGUCAUCCAUACCGUAGAUUGAAGAAAGCAUUCAAUGGAAGUCAAGAGGAUGAAAUUGCCUCGACACCGCGCAAUGGUGAAGAAGUAUAUCAACGGGUGAAGAACAUUAACAUUGUGUUCGGAAAGACGCAAAAGAAGUCAACUGAGAGAAAUAUCUGGAAGAAACGAUCAAUAUUCUUUAAUCUUCCUUACUGGUGCAAGUUAGAUGUUAGACACUGCAUAGAUGUGAUGCAUGUGGAGAAAAAUGUUUGUGAUAGUGUAAUUGGGACAUUGCUAAACAUCAAAGGAAAGACUAAAGAUGGAGUGAAAGCACGACAAGAUUUGGUGGACAUGGGUAUACGUUCUGAGUUACAUCCUCAGUCUAUUGGAAGACGCACUUACUUGCCUCCAGCUUGUCAUACUCUAUCAAAGAAAGAAAAAAAAAGCUUUUGUGAGUGCUUAAGCAGUGUGAAAGUUCCACAAGGGUACUCCUCAAAUGUUAAGAGUUUGGUGUCUAUGCAAGAUUUGAAGUUGAUUGGUUUAAAGUCUCACGAUUGUCAUGUGUUAAUGCAACAACUUUUGCCUGUGGCUAUUCGUAACAUUUUACCAUCUUCUGUUAGAGUUGCUAUUACUCGAUUGUGUUUAUUCUUCAAUGCCAUUUGCAACAAAGUAAUUGACCCUGUAAAGUUAGAUGAGUUAGAAAAUGAAGCAAUCACAAUCUUGUGUCAAUUGGAAAUGUAUUUUCCACCUUCAUUUUUUGAUAUCAUGGUGCAUUUGAUUGUUCAUUUGGUUAGGGAGAUUCGAUUGUGUGGCCCGGUUUAUCUUAGAUGGAUGUACCCUGUUGAGAGAUACAUGAAGAUCUUAAAAGGAUAUGUCAAGAAUCAAUACCGCCCAGAAGCCUCUAUUGUGGAGAGGUACAUUGCAGAAGAAGCCAUUGAGUUUUGUUCAGGCUACAUGUUGAAAUCAGAACUAAUAGAAAUUCCCAAGACUCGACAUGAUGGGAAACAAUUUGGUAAGGGUACUCGAAGUUUAAAGAUUAAAACUGUGAGUCGAACAAAAGUUAACCAAGCACAUUUGUACAUAUUGAACAAUACUGAUGAAGUAAUUCCUUACAUAUCUGAACACAUAGAUGAUUGA